CUUCAUCGUUUAUAUUUAAAGCCAAUAAGAUUAACUUGACUUUUGGAAAUUGUUAUUAUCAGAAUCACUUGAUUAAUGCUUAACUUUUUACAUUUAAAAUAAAUUUCUUUAAUAAUUAGAUUUGGCAUAUAUAAAUGAGAAGAAUUUUUAUGAGUGUUCAAUAAUAAAUAUUAUCAAUUUUAUUUAUUUUUAGUUUUGCGAAUUCAAUCGCUCAUCGUUCCAUUUGAAAUUACGCGCGCAGCGAUCGCAGCGCCACCAUCGUCGUCAUAACAACACACCGUGCUUACAAACAAUUUGCAGUGUUACGUUUUUCCGUAAGUAGUGAUAAAAGAAGUGAUUUUAUUUUGUUAAUAUUAAUUAAUUAUUGCAAAUGGAAAAAACCAAUGUUUUGGAAAAUCAUGAAAAUAACCAAUUAGCUGACAAUGCAGAAUAUCGCAGGAAUUUGAAUUUGGAAGUAUUAGAUGGUGAUAAUGACUCGUCGGAACCAGUAUAUCGAAUUCGUCCCCAUCUUUAUGAUAAGUUUAAGCCUUUAAGUGCUAAAGAAGUGAUACAUAAUGUAUUGUUUGAUCAACUAUCAACAAAGACAUACAAUGCACAGGAUGCAGUUCAAUGGACUAAAAACAUAGCGGAUAUACUUAAAGUAAAAAUUAAAGAAUUACAAUUUAAGCGUUAUAAGUAUGUCGUAAAUGUGGUCUUGGGGGAACAACAUGGGGCUGGUAUUAAAAUGGGAACGAGAUGUAUAUGGGACACUGAAGCAGAUGCAUAUGCUUUCGACAGUUUUGUAAAUGAUACAAUAUUCUGCGUAGCUACCGUUUACGCUGUAUAUUUUUAUUAAAAUGAAUAUAAAAUAUUAUGAAAUGGAUUAUGAGAAUUAUCAAUAUAAGCUUAUACAAUUACAAUAUAAAAGGAAAAAUGAUUAUAUG